UUUUUUUUUCCUUCCUCCUCUUCAAAGCAUCCUUUGACAAGUUCAAUAUGGUUACUCCUGCCGUGAAGCACACCAUCGUGAAGAAGCGUACUGCUACCUUCAAGCGUCAUCAAUCCAACCGUUUCAUGCGUGUCGGUGAAUCCUGGAGAAAACCCAAGGGUAUUGAUAGUUGUGUUCGUCGUCGAUUCAAGGGUCAAGCUCCUAUGCCCAAGAUUGGUUACGGUUCCGCCAAGAAGACUCGCCACAUGAUGCCCAAUGGUUUCCGCAAGUUCGCUGUUUCCAAUGUUCGUGAACUUGAAUUGCUGUUGAUGCACAACCGUUCUUAUGCUGCCGAAAUCGCCCAUAACGUGUCUUCCAAGAACCGUAUCACCAUCCUCGAACGUGCUGCUCAACUCAACGUCAAGGUGAUCAAUGCCGGUGCUCGUCUUCGAUCUCAAGAAUAAACAUUUUUUAUCUCAUCUCUCAUCAGUAGUAGUGAUAGCAGUUUAUAGUAGUUAAGUGCUCUCUUUAUUAUUAUUAGUAUUAUUGAUGUAGUUAUGAAAUAAUUAUUUAUAGAUAAAAGAUGUAUUGUACAAACUA